AAGCAAGGAGCAGAUUACCCGAUAACUCUCUCUCGCUCUCUCUCUCUCUCUCUCUCUCUCUCUCUCUCAGAAUGGCGAAUUCUGCAGCUUCACCUUCAAUUUCUUUCUUCUCAUCUUCAAUUUUCCUCACGCCCUCUCACCACAAUCCUAAAACUCUGAAACCCAUUUCCUUCAAAGCCCUAACACUAAAACCAUUUUCCCUCUCUCUCAGUCACGCCCAAUCCUCGCUAAUCCGCUCGGAACUCGCCACUCUCCCAGUCCUCUCCUUCGACGGUUCCAAGGUCGGCGAAACCACUCUCAGCCUCAAGACCGCCGCGCCGGACACGGCCCGCGCCGUCGUCCACCGCGGCAUCAUCACUGACCUCCAGAACAAGCGCCGGGGCACCGCCUCCACCCUCACCCGCGGCGAGGUCCGCGGCGGGGGCAAGAAGCCCUACCCCCAGAAGAAGACCGGACGCGCCCGCCGCGGCUCCCAGCGCACGCCGCUCCGCCCCGGCGGUGGCGUUGUCUUCGGUCCCAAGCCCAGGGACUGGUCCAUCAAGAUCAACCGCAAGGAGAAGCGGCUCGCAAUGUCGACGGCGCUGGCCAGCGCCGCAGCGGAGAGCGCCAUCGUGGUGGAGGAUUUCGGGGACAGGUUCGAGCGGCCGAAGACGAAGGAGUUCAUUGCUUUGAUGAAGAGAUGGGGGAUUGAUCCGAACGAGAAGUCGAUGUUCUUGUUGACGGAGCUAUCGGAUAAUGUGGUUCUGUCCAGCCGGAACAUUGGGACUCUCAAAAUGCUGACGCCGCGAACUCUGAAUCUGUUUGAUAUAUUGAACGCGGAUAAGCUGGUGUUUUCCAGGGCGGCUGUGGAUUAUUUGAACCAGAGAUACGGAGAUGAUUAUGAGGGCGAGAGCGAGGAUGAGUUUGAAGAUGCUGAAGAAGACCUUGAAGAAAUUGAGGAAGGUCAGGGCCCUGAGGCGACAGAGUGAUGCUGCGGCCUAUUUGCUUAUGCCAUUCCAGAUGACUUGGAGGAGGGUCUCCCUAGGUAGGGCCUUUGCCAAACCCAGUGGGCAUUUUGCUGUUUUUAUACUGCAAUUGUAUCGUAUUGUAUUGCGGGGGCCGGGUUUUGGUUGUUAUUGUUCUUUUUUUUUUUUUAAUCUUUUGUACCAACUAUUCUUUUUAUCUUGUUAUUUCAUGAAUAUUGCUCCCUUAUUAACCAA